GAGGCUGGAGUUCAUGAGAGCUAAAACCCAACUCUUGCCCAGAGCAAGGUCCACAUUGCAAACCUCAGCUUGGCAUGAAGAAAACAGAGCUCAAUGCACUCUGCCAGACCCUGCUGAACAGACUGCACCAGAGGGAAGUUUCCGACUCGAGAGGUUGCUCCUCAUCAUUCGUUUCCGCCAGGCUUUGGUGUGAAGACUGCUUUCCAGGCGAAGGCAUCUGCCACGAUGUUCCUGUUGCAAGGUGCCCAGAUGCUGCAGAUGCUGGAGCAUUCCUUGAGGAAGAGCCUUCCUACAUCCUUGAAGGUUUAUGGCACCGUCUUCCACAUGAACCAGGGAAACCCCUUCAAGCUAAAGGCCUUGGUGGACAAGUGGCCUGAUUUUAAUACAGUGGUUAUUCGCCCUCAGGAGCAGGAGAUGACAGAUGACCUUGAUCACUACACCAAUACCUACCACGUCUACUCCAAGGACCUGAAGAACUGUGAGGAAUUCCUUGGCUUACCAGAAGUCAUCAACUGGAAACAGCAUUUGCAGAUCCAAAGUUCUCAGUCCAGCCUGAAUGAGGUAAUACAAAAGCUUGCAGCCGCUAAAUCCUUCAACGUCCAGCAGUCAGAAAACAUUCUCUACAUGACGCUUGAGACAAUAAAGGAACUGGCUCCUUCCCUGCUGGAUGAAAAGAACUUGUCCCUUACCGAUGGUAAACCCAAGGCCAUUGACCGAGAGCAGUUUCAACUCUCAUCCCUGGAACCUUCCCACGCUGCCUUGGUGAAUGAAUUAUGGCAAUUCGGUGGCAAUGAGAGGAGCCAGAGAUUCAUCGAGCGCUGCAUCCGGAACUUCCCCUCCGUCUGCCUGCUAGGGCCUGAGGGGACCCCGAUAGCUUGGUCCCUGAUGGACCAGACAGGAGAGAUGCGGAUGGCAGGCACCAAGCUUGAGUACCGGGCCCAGGGCCUCGUCACCUACGUCAUCUUUUCCCAUUCCCAGGCUCUGACCAAACUCGGUUUCCCCGCCUAUUCUCACGUAGACAAGAGAAACAAAAUUAUGCAGCAGAUGAGUCACACUCUGAAUCACAUACGCAUGCCCUGUAGCUGGAAUCAGUGGAACUGUGUGCCUCUGUGAAGCAGCCCUGAACCCAGGACAGUGGGGAGGGGCCUGAGGCUGUGGGGAGACAGAGGGAGAGCCUAAACUGUCAUUGUAAUCAUCAGUAGAGUAGUGGAUGCUGUCCGUAUAAAAGGUAUAGCCAAUAUGCCUAUCCGGGACCCGGUCAUUUAGAAAAAAUGAAACCACCCUUUUAGAAACGAAUAAAACUGGACUUCCUGUUGUGGCUCAGUAGGUUCAGAAGCCCAAAGAGUUCCAUGAGGAUGCGGGUUCAAUCCCUGGCCUCAGUCACUGGGUUAAGAAGCCAGCAUUGCCGCAAUGCUGUGCUGCUGUGGCUGUGGUGUAGCUGCAGCUCCGAUUGGACCCCCUAGCCUGGGAAUUUCUGCAUGCCACAGGUGAGGCCUUAAAAAGGAAGAAUAAAACAAUUAUACUCUAAUGAAAGAAAGAAGAAAGAGAGAGAGAGAGAGAAAGAAAGAAAGAAAAAAGAAAGAAAGAAA